CGACAUCUCGCUGCAUAUCGCGUCAUCAUCCACUCCAAGCAACAACGUCUGUUUUCUCCCCUUUCGGUCGACCAGCCCGCACUCAAGCAUGGGGAGGGAGAUGAAUUCCUCGGCCACCCUCGACUGGACUGAGCCUUUUGUAAUGAUCCUGCCCGUUCCCCCCCUUGUUCGUCCCCCACGGCCUGGUAAUUUGCGCAUUUAUUAUUCGUUUCUUGUUUUUCCAUGGGGUGUCGCCAUUUCCUUCGUCAUCAGCUGGAGAUGGAGUCACCGCUCAAGAAUGUCCAAUGCCCAGUCCAUUAAGCUGGUGAUGUGGUUCUUUUACCAGUUCUAUCCGGUUUCUGCGACGCCCGUUGUGGUCUUUUAAACCGUAGCCGCAGAGUGGGCAGUCGACCGCAUAAUUGUAUUAAUUACCCCUGAAGUGAUGACCUGACAAAGACGCUUCAUGCAUGUACAGAAUU